UGGAGCAAUGUGCAGAGUCGUGGACUUUAAGCGUUUUGCUGUKCAGAAAUUUGCAACGAUAACGGUAACGGUAACGGUAACUGUUUGAAGGCAUGCCACCAAAGCGUAGACGCAGAUUUCAUGGACUCUAUUACCAUUCAUCGCCGCCAAAGGUCAUGCCAAUGAAUGGACAGGCGGCGGGCCAGAAUGGACGCAAGCAGCGGAGCAACGACGAUUUCUCGGUGAAGCUAUCGACCAUCCGCAUCUGGAUGCACGAAAAGGAUAUUGGCAAGCUGACGCGCAUUUUGUGGGCGGGCCAGGGACAGCGCCUCUGUCAGCAGGCGAGCAACAAUGGGCGUGUCAAGCGAUUUCUAGCCGCCGUGCCGCACGUCAUGAAUGCCACAAAGGAUCUGCACCAGGCGGUGAUCGAUAACAAUUUGGAGUCGCUGCAAAUGCAGCUGGAGCCGCCGGUGCCGCCAGCUCUGGUCACGGCCAAGGAUAGCAAUGGCCUGAACGUUAUACACAAGGCCGCUGGUCUGGGUCACACCAAGAUGCUGGAAUACCUAGUGGGACUCUGGCCAGAGGGCGCACACGAGGUCGAUAUCACGGGCAAGACGCCGUUGCAUUGGGCCGCCAGUGCCAAGAAUAAUAUGCGCUGCUAUACGCUGCUCACACAGGCCGGCUGCGAUGAGGAGGCGCAGGAUUAUAAAAUGAAGACCCCCUCAUACUAUCGCCACAAGCCACACGAAAUCGAGCGAGCUUUUCUGGUCUAUGUGCCGGAGGCGCCGCGCAUCUCCCCGGAUAGCGUCACCGAUUGGGAGGCGCUGAGCGAUGAUAACGAUAGUAAUGCUGGCGGUGACGCCAGUCGCAGCAGCAGCAAGCAGAAAUUGUCCAGCAAGCCGGCAGCCAUUGAGAACGGUCGUAAAUCGUUGGACGACAGCGCUGAGAACACCUCCGAGCUGGACACGAAUGAUGGUACCAGCGCCAUUGAGGAUGAUGAAUUAUCCAAGGCGGAGGCGGAUGUGAAUGGAGUUGCCGCAGCGGAUGCCGAUGCGGAUGUCGAUGCGAAUAUCAAUGCGGAUGUCGAUGCAAAUGCAUCAUCGCCGGUCCCACAGCGUCGUCCGGAAACUCCGGCUGCUUUUGCCACCGGCAAUGGCAACGACACAGCCGGCGACACCGAAAGCGAAGCUGAGAAUAUUGCAGGAGCUGUAAGCGCUGAAGGAGCUGAAGUUGAGGCCGAGGCAGCGGAGCCGGCGAUGGAUGGCGAUGAGGCAGAGACAAGUGUAGAACCGAUUGAGAAUGGAGUUAUGGAUGAUGCUGUUGGGGCGGAGAGUGAGCAAAAUGCAAACGAAAAGACUGAAGCGAUUGUGAAUGAGAACGAAGCGGAAGCGGAAAUGGAAAUUGAAGCCGAAACGGAAGAGCAGCAGCAGCAGAAGCAAGAAAUAGAAACUGCAGAAGUACACAAGGAGAAAGAGGAGGAUAAAGAAGAGAAGGCAACUUCAGCUGCUGCUGCUGCUGCUGCUGAGGAGGAGGAAGUGGAGGAGGACGACGAUGAGGUACAGAUUGGCUUGCUUUAAUUGCCAAUUCAUGUGCAGUCAGCAAUUGCUUGAACGAUUCGAUGUUAUUUGUGUGACGUUUGCUCAAAGCGUUUUUACCAUUUCCUUUGUUGUUUUCAAAUUGUGAACUGUACAAAAGCAAAAA